UACAGAGAUCUUCAAAAGAGAGUGUGUGAUCUUCCAGAAACCAGUCUACUGCUUUGUUCAUCUGAGCAUUCAGGAGUUUCUGGCUGCAGUCUACAUGUUCCACUGUCACACCAACAGGAAGACAGAGGUGCUGGAGGACUUCCUGGGGAGAGGCCAGAAUGAGGAGGAUGGUGGUCAUAGUGAUGAUGAUGAUGAUAAAGAUGAUGGUCAUAGUGAUCAUCCUCUGGAUGAUUACCUGUUGAAACACCUCCAAAUUAAAAAAGAACGUCGUUUGCAUAACAGAAAUUCCCGAUCAUUUCUAAAGAGAGUCAUGGAGAAAUCCCUCCAGAGUGAAAAUGGCCACCUGGACCUGUUUGUUCGCUUCCUUCAUGGCCUCUGUCUGGAGUCCAACCAGAGACUCUUAGGAGGUCUGCUGGGUCAGACAGAGAUCAGUCCAGAAACCAUCCAGAGAGUCAUCAACAACCUGAAGGAGAUGAACAGUGAUGAAAUCUCUCCUGACAGAAGCAUCAACAUCUUCCACUGUCUGAUGGAGAUGAACCACCUCUCAUUAUUUCAGGAGAUCCAAGAGUUCCUGAAGUCAGAGAACAGGUCAGAGAAGGAACUCUCUGAGAUCCAGUGCUCAGCUCUGGCCUUCAUGCUGCAGAUGUCAGAGGAGGUUCUGGAUGAGUUGGACCUGCUGAAGUACAAAACAUCAGAGCGGGGACGACAGAGACUGAUUCCAGCUGUGAGGAACUGCAGAAAGGCUGGUGGGACAAACUGAGUGAGAAGACACUGC